GGGGCUUGUGGUCGCGGAGGGCGGACUACGAGCCCCAGGGCCCCGCGCGCGGUUCCGGACAACGCCUGGUGUGUGGUAACACCGCGGAUCUUCCUCCUCCUCCUCCUCCUCCUCCUCCUGCUGCUGCUCCUCCUGCUCCUCGCGGGCGCUUCCGGCGCGGCGGCGGCGGCGGCGAAGCCCCUCGGGAGCGGCGGGGGCUCGGCGGGCCGGGGCAGGACAAUAGAUUUCCCAAGUUCUUCAAGUAUUCUUGCACAACGAGGAAAAAGAAGAGACAUUUCAGUGAAUGAGGAGUUUUUUGCUUCUAUAGUGUUUUCCCUGAGAAGUGGCUCUUUGAAUGAGGAUGACAAUGGAAGAGAUGAAGAAUGAAGCAGAGACCACUUCUAUGGUUUCCAUGCCUCUCUAUGCUGUCAUGUACCCUGUCUUUAAUGAGCUAGAAAGAGUAAAUCUGUCUGCAGCUCAGACACUGAGAGCAGCUUUUAUUAAGGCUGAAAAAGAAAAUCCAGGUCUUACACAGGACAUCAUCAUGAAAAUUCUGGAGAAGAAAAGCGUGGAUGUGAAUUUCACAGAGUCUCUUCUGCGUAUGGCAGCUGAUGAUGUAGAAGAGUAUAUGAUUGAAAGACCUGAACCUGAAUUCCAAGAUCUUAAUGAAAAGGCACGAGCACUUAAACAGAUUCUUAGUAAGAUUCCAGAUGAGAUCAAUGACAGAGUGAGGUUUCUUCAGACAAUCAAGGACAUUGCAAGUGCAAUAAAGGAGCUCCUUGACACAGUAAAUAAUGUCUUCAAGAAAUACCAGUACCAGAACCGGCGGGCACUUGAGCACCAAAAGAAAGAGUUUGUAAAAUACUCCAAAAGUUUCAGUGAUACUCUGAAAACCUAUUUUAAAGAUGGAAAGGCAAUAAAUGUGUUCAUAAGUGCCAACCGACUAAUUCAUCAAACCAACUUGAUACUCCAGACCUUCAAAACUGUGGCCUGAAAACUGUAUAUGUUGAGAGUUGUACUUUUCAAUGGUGGAUAGGGUACCUUUAUAUGUAAAUUUUAAAGUUUUGACUGUAUAAAUUAUCAGCCCCUCUCGAGGGGCCUAAUGCAGGAUUUUGAAUGGGAUUAUUGCCAUCUUACACCAUAUUUUUGUAAAACAUUGUAGCUUAAUCAUAAUCUCACGAGAAAGAUUUUGCAUCACUUUUUUGCUAUUAUCAUUCUUUUCAGAAUUAUAAGCCAAAAGAAUUUACGCCUUAAUGUGUCAUUAUGUAACAUUCCUUACAAGAAUUGUAAAUAUUUGGUGUUCUGUUUCUGACAUUUUAACUUGAAAGCGGAAAACUGCAAGAUUAUGUAUUUAACAAUAUUGGUGGCAAAUAUUCAAUAAAUAGUUUACAUCUGUUAGACUGUCUUUUUGUAUGUGAACAAAAGUGCAUAACUCAUCUUUCUAGAACUGCAGAACAUUCAUUCAAUAGAAAAAGAAAUUAAAAUUAUUUGGGUGCUUAAAGCUACCGGGAGUUCAAAUCAGUGUAAAAUGAGGGGUUUUCCUUAAAACUGAGAUUUUGGCUGUUACGUAGACCAGAAUAUCAGAAUAAUUACAUUAAAAUGUGUUUGAGGAAUAAUAAAUAAACCCAGAAGUGAGAUGUGCUUUUGUUUUUGAUAGAAACUAGAUCUCACUUCUUUCUUAGUCUUCUGUUAGUGGCGAGUUAACAGGUUUUUUUACUCCUAGGCUAUUCCAAGGUUUGGAGCACAGGUUUAUUUGAAAUAUAUGCAGCAAAGAUUGAAUUUAAAACUAUUCAGAUAAGUGGGUUUGAAUUAGUCCCCUUUGGGAGGGAGGAGGAUUGGAGCUAGAACUCUUCCAGGUAGCACUAGUGAUAUCUAUACUAUGCAUGCCAUAAGGCAACUUUGUUUUUUCAGGGAAUUGAAAUCAUGUGAGACCUCGACUGACAAACCUUGGCUGUGUAGAUGGUUAAGAGCUGCUGCUGGACAGGUGGAAAUUUUCUCUUUGUGAUUUCCUGGUGAUGUUUCACAAGUUCUGACGAAUCCCUUGGAAGUGCACCUCGAGCUGAUUUGGAAAAUAGAAUAAACCUCUGGAAGUUUGCAAAAUCUGUGGCCAUUACUAGGAAGUUUAGGGAAGAAUGUGAAGCAGCUGCUGAAAGCUGCACAAGCUGUUGCAGGAGGAGCACUCCAGGCUGAAAGAGCACAAUUGCUCCAGAGCUAUUCCUUGUUUGGCUGUAAACGGUGACGAAAAGCUCCCUGCAGAUUGUCUGGCACACUGGCCUGGUGCUGUACUGCUCAUCUGGGGCAAGUGCCUUAUCCCAGGUACAACAGCUGGGUCCUUGCAUUUGCUGAUCUGAAAGGAUCAAAAAGGGGGGAAGUGCAAACUGCAGCCUCCCAAAUAGCACUGGAUGUUCUGCUGUCUAUUUGUGCAUGGAAUUGUAUCCUCGAUGAGAGCACUGACUGUAGUCAAAUAGAACAAUGUGAAGGAGAGUAUUGUGUAAAAAUGAGUUCUUUGGGAAUGUAUGUUGUGCAAUUUUUGGUUACACAUAGAGCUAUAAGCAGGACGUGGUCCUUAAAGCUUGCUGGUCAGCCUGUUCUCUGUUCUGACAGUGGUGUCUUGUGUCCUUAGCAAAGUGAGCUUAGUAAAGGGAUGCAGAAUCAAUUUAUAGUUCAAACUUUCUGGUGUUUCUUAAAGCUUGGCCUGCUGAACUGUCAUUUUUUGGCAAGUGGUAGAAGAACAGCAAUGUUCGAGCUGACAAAAUUAGAGUGAUACUUAAUUUGCAUCUUUGCAUUCUGUAACUAAAAGCGUUGAGUAGUCUCCUUGUGGGUGAUUCUCAAUUAAGUCAUAGCUCCUAAGGGCUUCAUGAAGAUCCAUGAGUCAGGGAGAAGGAAGGGAAAGGCCUCUGGAGUUUGUGAUACUUCAUCUGUCUUGGAAAGAGUGUUUGGUACUGGAGAGACUGCAGAGAGAGAAACAAAAGAUUGGGUUGUGUUUUAUGAAUUGGACCUGAUUCCCAUAAUAUUCUGAGAUUUCUCUAUUUUCUGGACUUGAGCAGGACAGUAAUUAGUGCUGGCAAUCAUAAGUUGAAUGAGACCAUGUCUAUGGGUGGUAAAAAAUACAUACAAAAAAAUCCACUUACGACUUGUGUCCCACACAAGCUGCUGCUUUACGUCCUGCCAGUUGGUUCCUUGUCAAAUCAGAGGCUACUUCAUCUAGAAAUGAACUGUUCCUGUUCAUCAGUUCUUCCCAAAACCUUUAUUGGGCAAAAGGUACCAAAUACAGGGCUAAGCUUCAGGUUGUCUGGCCAAUGUGUUCUGUUUUAUUUAUAACCUCAUUGUGAUUUCUAUAUGUUACCCUCAAAAGUAAUGGAAAAUUAUUCAUUGUAAUCAAUGUCUGGUAAUGGGAAAACUUGAAAACUUGUCUUCAGGUCACACUCUUCCGUUGUGUGCAGUGAAUCCAUAUCUAGUGGUCUUAUAAACCUUUCUUUUCCACUGAAUAUGAGCUGGGACAUAUGUCUGUCAAAUUUUAUUGUGGUUUUGCACUUUAUUAUUCAAGUUACCUGAGUAGCUAAAAGAUAAGUUUCUCUUAAGGAUUUCUGAUACAGCAGUUAGUGUUGCAAAAUGCUCUUAGAAAAUUUCUGCUGUGAAUGUGGGUUAUAACUGCUAUGAUAAUGUUAACGUACAGAAAACCAAUCUAAUAAACAAAAUAAAACUUUGUAUAUUUGUUAAUGAAGCAAA